CAACCUGCUGCUAAGUCACGCUCUGCAUUGAUCCUGUAUGGUUCCGAGACAGGCAAUGCGCAAGAUGUCGCUCAAGAGAUUGCUCGUUUGACCGAGCGUCUGCGUUUUGAUACUACCCGUGAUCUGCUCAAGCAUACCAUUGUCAUCGUAGCCAUAUCUACUACUGGACAAGGUGAAUUUCCACAAAAUGCUCGCUCCUUUUGGAAAGUCUUGCUGAGCAGUCAACUUCGGCCGGGCGUCCUUAGACGCGUCAAUUUCACCACUUUCGGCCUCGGCGACAGCUCGUAUCCACAAUACAAUGUUGCCCAUCGUAUGCUACAUAACCGUAUGCUACAGCUGGGUGCGCAGUUAUUCUGUGCUCGUGGAGAAGGUAACGAACAACACCCGGAAGGCCAUAAUGGUGAGUUUCGUGCAUGGAUCGUGGAAUUGAAGCAAGGACUUUUGCAACAUUUCCCCUUGCCUGACGCACAGGACAUCAUUGCUGAGGACGUCUUCCUCAAGCCAAAAUGGUGUCUAAGGGCCUCUUCAGCCAGUGACGGCAGCAUCAAUCAUUCCGAAGCUGGAUCUAUUGAAACCCUUACUUUGGACACUCCACCAGCUAAUGACCUUCUUCCGAUACGAGACAGCGUUACUGCCGACCUUGUAGCGAACACACGUCUGACUCCUCCUGAACACGGUCAAGAUGUACGGCUUUUGGAUUUCCGCGUGCCUCGGGAUAUUGACUACGGGCCUGGUGCCGUUGCAGUUGUGUAUCCCAAGAACUUCCCUAAGGACGUUGAGCAGUUUAUCGAAUGCAUGGGCUGGCAGUCCAUGGCCAACACGCCUUUGGAGCUUGUUCCUACAACAGAGACUUCAGAUCUUGCUACUUAUCCUCCCUCACCUCUCAGAUACCUUGACUCGUCGAAAAGGACAUUCACCAUGCGCGAGCUGUUGACGAAUUACUUGGACAUACUCUCCAUACCUCGGAGGUCGUUCUUUGCCUCGCUAGCAUACUUCACGAAGGAGGGGAACGAAGACGAAGGUUAUCANAAAGAACGUAUUCUGGAGCUGGCAAAUCCCGAGUUGAUCGAUGAGUUGUGGGACUAUACGACUCGACCAAGACGGACAAUCCUUGAGAUUAUGCCCGAAUUUCCGAGUGUCAAGAUCCCAUGGGAAUAUGCUCUGAACAUAAUCCCUGUCAUGCGAGGCCGUCAAUUCAGCAUUGCAAGCGGAGGUAGCUUGAAACUCUUUGAGAAUGGUGAUACCAGGGUGCAGUUGCUUGUAGCGAUCGCAAAUCCUCCCAACCCCAUCAUCAAAUUACGGAAGCGCUACGGGGUCUGCACUCGAUACAUCGCAACAUUGCAGGCUGGACAACGACUCAGCCUCACUAUCCAGCCGGGCUAUCUGAAUGUGAGCCCGGACGAAGUUAACUCACCUGUGCUUAUGAUUGGUCCAGGCACAGGCGUAGCGCCGAUGCGAUCGAUGGUUUAUGAACGCUUGGAGUGGGCNAAAGAGAGUGGUUCAAAACAAUCGAGUGUGUUGUUCUUUGGAUGCCGCAAUGAAAGAGCCGAUUAUUUCUUCCGUGACGAAUGGCAGGAUAUCAAAGACCAAGGCCUCAUUGUGUUCCCUGGAUUCUCACGCGACAAAGACAAACCGAGGACAUAUGUUCAAGACAUGAUUCGUCAACAGUCCAGCCUUGUCUACCAAGUACUCGAGCAAGACGGAGGCAAGGUGUAUGUUUGUGGAUCCUCUGGAAACAUGCCUAAGNNGGGAGUUCGUGAGGCCCUGUCAGACGUGCUCAGAGAGCAUGGCCAGAUGCUGCCUGAGCAGGCGAACGGGUAUCUCGAUCAGAUGGANAAAGACGGUCGCUACAAACAAGAGACAUGG